UCUCAUCUAUUGAAUCCCAGAGAUCGCCGUGUCCCGCGGCCUGAGGAAGAGCGCUCAGAAUGCUACAACCACCGAGCCAUCGACAUAGCCAUUGUAUUUAUGGAAAGCACCAUCUCCGCUUUGUGUUUUGAUAUCAGCAGCUUUUAGAAAAACUGUGAACGUGGGAAUAGUUGGAGACCUCCGGAUCGCGAAAUGUUGGAAUGGAAGGCGCAGACUCUGACUCGCCGUCCCAAACAGGAGUAUGAAGUACUUUGUGGAUCUGAGAUCACCAAGAGAGAAACUUUGUUUCCUUUGGAUAUCCAAAAACGCUUGCGGGACAAUAUAAUAACGUGGUUAACAAACAGCAAAGCGCAGGUUCUGCAACAUGGCCUCGGCUGUUAAUGUCUCCUCUGAGCAGGAAAACAGGGACCCCGAUCGGCCGAGGUUAACACGGAGAAAUAGGGGGAUCUACCAUACAACUACAUUGGAUUUGGAAUAUUUGCAACGACCGAGUUACUGUGAUGCAGCUUUUGCGUUGGAGCAAAUAUCCCAGGGGAGGGCGACUGGAAGAAAAGCACCGCUAUGGCUGAGAGCAAAGUUUCAAAGACUUUUGUUUAAACUGGGGUGUUAUAUACAACAGAACUGUGGAAAGUUUUUAGUUGUCGGCCUCUUAAUAUUUGGAGCUUUCGCUGUUGGCUUGAAGGCAGCUAAUCUAGAAACCGACGUGGAGAAACUCUGGGUAGAAGAUGGGGGCAGGGUGAACGAGGAGCUAAAGUACACACGGCAGAAGAUCGGGGAGGAGGCCAUGUUCAACCCGCAGCUCAUGAUCCAGACGCCGCGCGAGCAAGGCGCCAACGUCCUGACUCUGGAGGCACUGAGACAGCACCACGACUCCGCCCUCAAGGCCAGCCAGGUGCAGGUCUACAUGUACAACAGGCAAUGGAAUUUAGAACAUUUGUGUUACAAAUCAGCAGAAAUUGUGCCCGAAAACAAUCUGUUUGCUCGGAUAUUCGAAAAUCUUCACCCCUGCCUCAUCAUCACGCCAUUGGACUGCUUUUGGGAAGGUGCGAAGCUACAGCUGGGCUAUGUAUAUCUCCCCGGGAAAGGAGCACCAACUCAGUGGACCAACUUAAACCCAAUGGAGUUCCUGGCUGAGCUGAAGCCCAUGAACAUAGAUGUGGACAGCUGGGUGGAGCUGCUGGAGAACGCCGGCGUGGGCCAGGGCUACAUGGACCGGCCGUGCCUGAAUCCCAAAGACCCCGACUGUCCCCCCUCUGCACCCAACAAGAACGACUCACAGGCCCUCAACCUCGACAUUGGCCACAUCCUCGCAGGUGGGUGUCACGGCAUCUCCAAGAACUACAUGCACUGGCAGGAGGAGCUCAUCAUCGGAGGGACCAUCAAGAACGGAAGUGGAAAACUUCUAAGUGCCCAAGCCCUGCAGACCAUGUUUCAGCUGAUGACCCCUAAGCAGAUGUACGAACACUGGAAGGACCGGCACGGAAUCGAGGCCCUGAACUGGAAUAAGGACAAAGCAGCCGCCAUCUUGGAAGCCUGGCAAAGGAGAUACUCUGAGGCUGUGCAGCAGAGUGUCCCCGUCAACUCCUCCCAGAAAGUGCUCACCUUCACCACCACCACCCUCGAGGACAUCCUCAAGUCCUUCUCCGAUGUCAGUGUCAUCCGCAUCGCCAGCGGCUACCUGCUAAUGUUGGCCUAUGCCUGCCUGACCAUGCUGCGCUGGGACUGUGCCAAGUCCCAGGGUGCCGUGGGGCUGGCGGGUGUCCUGCUCGUCACCCUGUCCGUGGCAGCAGGGCUGGGCCUGUGUUCUCUCAUCGGGAUCUCCUUCAACGCCGCCACCACUCAGGUGUUGCCAUUUCUGGCUCUGGGCGUGGGUGUGGAUGAUGUCUUUCUCCUGGCCCAUGCCUUCAGCGAGACUGGGCAGAACAAGAGGAUCCCAUUCGAGGACCGCACUGGCGAGUGCCUGAAGAGGACAGGUGCCAGCGUGGCUCUCACCUCCAUCAGCAAUGUCACCGCCUUCUUCAUGGCGGCACUCAUCCCCAUCCCAGCUCUCCGCGCCUUCUCGCUACAGGCGGCAGUGGUGGUGGUGUUUAACUUCGCCAUGGUGCUACUGAUCUUCCCCGCCAUCCUCAGCAUGGACCUGUACCGCCGAGAGGACCGCCGCUUCGACAUCUUCUGCUGCUUCGUCAGCCCAUGUGCCAACCGGGUGAUCCAGAUCGAGCCGCAGGCCUACGUGGACGGCUCGGACGGCAGUCGCUACAGCCCGCCGCCACCCUCCUUCGGCAGCCCGCCACCGUCCUACAGCAGCCCGCCACCGUCCUACAGCAGCCACAGCUUCGCGCAGCAGACGCAGAUCACCAUGCGCUCCACCGUGCAGCUGCGCACCGAGUACGACCCGCGCACGCAGGCCUACUACACCACGGCCGAGCCACACUCGCAGAUCCACGUGCAGCCCUUCGCCCCGGCGCCAGCCCCCGCGCCCGCACCCGCCACUAACGUCAACAACAACAACAACAACAACAACAACACCGGCGCCCAUCACAACUACAACAACAGCAGCGCUGCCAACCGGGCGGCCAGCAGCAGCGGCAUCGGCACCAACGCCCCCACCGCGCCCAGCGGCGCGCCCCUGUCCACCUCGUAUGCGGGGGCGCCCGCCGAUCCCGCGUUCCCUUCCUCCUCCUCACCCUGCCAGACCCCAGCGAGCGCCAGCUCCACGCGGGACCUGCUGUCCAACUUAUCCGAGCUGGCGGGCGGCAGCCGGGGCCACGUGCACCACUCCUGCCCCGAGCCGCCCUGCUGGCGGUGGAGCUUCGCCUCGUUCGCCGAGAGACACUACGCCCCCUUCCUGCUGCAGCCCACCACGAAGGUGGUGGUGAUCAUUCUGUUCCUGGGCCUGCUGGGCGUGAGCCUGUACGGCACCACAUGCGUCCGCGACGGCCUGGAGCUCACCGACAUCGUGCCGCGCGAGACCAGCGAGUACGACUUCCUGGGCGCCCAGUUCAAGUACUUCUCCUUCUACAACAUGUACGUGGUGACGCAGCGGGCCGACUACCCGCGCGUGCAGGGGCUCCUGUAUGACCUGCACAGCCGCUUUGAGUCGGUCAAGUACGUGCUGCGCGAGGACGAUGGCCAGCUGCCACGCAUGUGGCUGCACCUGUUCCGCGACUGGCUGCAAGGUCUACAGCAAGCGUUCGACCGUGACUGGGAGACAGGCCGGAUCACGCGUGCCGACUUCAGGAACGGCACCGAUGACGGCAUCUUGGCCUACAAACUGCUGAUCCAGACUGGAAGGAGAGACAAACCCAUCAACCACAACCAGCUGACCCGGCAGCGGCUCGUGGACGCAGAGGGCAUCAUCAACCCCAGCUGCUUCUACAUCUACCUGUCGGCCUGGGUCACCAACGACCCCAUGGCCUACGCCGCCUCCCAGGCCAACAUCCGCCCCCAGCCGCCGGAGUGGUUCCACGACAGGACCCAAUCGCUCUCCGACGACUGCUUCAGCAUUCCUGCUGCUGAACCUAUCGAAUACGCACAGUUCCCAUUCUACCUCAACGGCCUCCGAGAGACGGCGCAGUUCGUGGAAGCCAUCGAGAGCGUCCGGGCCAUCUGCGGCAACUACAGCCGCCAGGGCCUCCCCAGCUACCCCAACGGCUACCCGUUCCUGUUCUGGGAGCAGUACGUCAGCCUGCGCCACUGGCUGCUGCUCUCCAUCAGCGUGGUGCUGGCCUGCACCUUUCUGGUGUGCGCCGUCUUCCUCCUCAACCCCUGGACCGCCGGCAUCAUUGUGUUGGUUCUGGCGCUGAUGACAGUGGAGUUGUUUGGAAUGAUGGGUCUAAUCGGCAUCAAACUCAGUGCUGUUCCUGUAGUGAUCCUCAUCGCCUCGGUCGGCAUCGGGGUGGAGUUCACUGUUCACGUAGCACUGGCUUUCCUCACCGCCAUUGGUGACCGCAACAAACGCGCCAUCUUGGCCCUGGAGCACAUGUUCGCCCCGGUGCUGGACGGCGCCUUCUCCACUCUGCUGGGCGUCCUCAUGCUGGCCGGCUCCGAGUUCGACUUCAUCGUCAGAUACUUCUUUGCUGUGCUCGCUAUCUUAACGGUGUUGGGGGUCCUCAACGGGUUGGUGCUGCUUCCAGUGCUCUUGUCUUAUUUCGGGCCCUACCCAGAGGUCUCCCCCGUGGAUGGCCGUAGCCAGCUGCCCACUCCCUCACCAGAGCCCCCGCCACAGGUGGUGCGCUUCUCCGUGCGGCCGCGCCACACCACCACGGGCACCGGCUCCGACUCGUCGGACUCCGAGUACGGCUCCAACACCACCGUGUCCGGCAUCAGCCAGGAGCUGCAGCAGUACGACCUCCGGGCCAGCAGGGGGAAGCAGCCCUCGCACCAAGUGGACCUGCCUGCCUACCCAGUGGCCUCGGCGGUGCACUCUGACCCUCGGCCGCCUCACAUCCACUCGUCCCCUCCUCAGGAAGCCGCUCCGCCUCAGCUGGCCCGCCGCUACAGCAGCAGAGAGCCCAAGAGGGAGCAGAGUGGCCACCAGCAGCAGCAUCGCCGCCAGGCCCCCACGCAUCCCUCCCACCCCCAGGCCCCGCCCCCGCCCCACCGGCCACGCACGGACGCUUUCGAAACCGCUACUGACCCCAGUGCCGGGGGCCGCUUCCCUCGCGACGGACCCCCGGCCGGCCACGGCAGCAGGGGCCAGCAGCCGCACCACCACCGAUCGCGGGCGCAUCACCAGUACCAGGCGCCCCCCCACCACUCCCAUCCGCACCCCCACUCCUCCAACCCCGCCUACGGCCAGCCCAUCACCACGGUGACGGCCUCGGCGUCGGUCACCGUGGCCGUGCACAGCCCAAGCUACCCCCAACCCUUCACCCUGAGCGACAGCUACCCCCGACAGCCCUUCCAGGAGGCGUACUCAGACAGCAGCAGCAGCAGCGGUAGCGGCAGCCGCCACGGCAGCCCGUCCUUCCAGGACCCCCACGUGCCCUCACGAGACUCCUACCGCCACCGCAGGUCCCACCUGGAGGGCAUGGAGCUUCAGGACAUGGAGUACGACGCCCCCAGUGGCCGGCAUCGGAAAUCCUCCAGCUGAGGGUUAGAAAGACUAAGCACAAUGGCCAAAGAUGGGACCUACCCCACAGCUCCUGCGCCAGUCUUCAGGGGAGGGGAACACUUGGACCAGCAGCACUUCAUUGGUGCUUCACCGUUACUGUAUAACCUAGUGUACAAUUAUGUUUUUUAUUUUGUUUUAUUUUGUUUUUCGUUAGAUAUUUCUAUAAGUAUUUAAAGAAUGUGUACACAUAUGUAAAUAUAUAAAAAAAAGUAGCUAUAAUGUUUGUUUAUUUGUUUGUGUCGGUGGGGUGUUUUCUGACACCUCGUUCUGAGUUUUCGAAACGGUCUGAGGGGACAUCAGGGGUGCCGUAUCCGUGUGUGUGAUCCUGUCGUUACUGUUCACUCGUCUCGUGUCUGUGCCAUGAGGAAGCUUCACCCUAGACGGACAACUUCAGCAGAAAACAGUUGCUGCUUAAUAACAUUGUAUAAUGUACAUGUAUAAUUCUAUGCAAUUAUUUUCAUUUGUAAUAUAGAAGUGUGUGUGUGUGUGUGUGUGUGUGUGUGUGUGUCUUUGGAGCCUGUAUAAGUGUAUCUUUCUUGAGGUCGCUCUUUACUCGAUUAGGUCUUACAUAAAAAAAAAAAUAUGCUAGCAAUGAUGGUAAGCUAAUAUCAGUUUUUGAAAAUUUGGCCAUGCAAAAUUCAACUUUAGCUUGAUGGGCAUCUUGUUUUCAGAAGACGGCAUGGGCAGUCCCCUGCAGCUGUCUGUCAAGGGCACUUCCAAAACAUACAGUACUGUUUCUGUUUCCAUUGUGAGUCUGGUCACUCUGUUUUUUACCUUUUCAAUGGGACUCAGACUGACCAUAACCUUCCUAGGUGCUAAAGUCACUCAAAGUACAAGAUACAGAUAGUUAGAUAGAUAUGAGUCGUAGCCACAUCCUUUAUACUGUGACAGGUGGGAUCAGCUCAGCGGAUGAGGAAACAGCCCUUUUCUCUGACUUAGUAGGCCAUUUUACAGUGCCGUAUAUUGUACGAAACAAGAACAUUUGACUGGAGGCAGCCAUACUGUCCUCAAUCAUUCUUGCAGCUGCCUGGUGACUAGCUGUUGGUAGGGACUAAAGGAAGCCGACUGCACUGCAAGCUGAGAACAUUCUCAAGGGAAAAAUGGCAGAGAUAAUUGAGAAAAGCAUUUACUAUUUCAGCAAGUGAUUUAUUAUCAUUUUUUUUCUAUUAUAGUGGUGGUACUAUGACAAGUUCUGUUGAGCUAUUCUUCAAAUUUGUAUGGCCUUAUGUUGAAUAAUAAUGGUGCUAGUGUAUGGUCAUGUAAACAAGAGGGAGUCUUCAAAAGGCCUGCACUGUGUGUGUGUGUGUGUGUGUGUGUGUGACUGUGUUUGUUUUGUGUGAUUGCCUGUGUGUGCAUUUGAAGGUGCACAGACAUGUCUAUUGAAAUGUUUUAUCACAAAUCUGUGGUAGUAUAAAAAAAAUACUGUUUAACUUUGAAACACGCUAUGCGUGCAAAUUAUGAUUAUGAGUCAUACAUAGAAACAUGUUUUUGUUUUUUUUCCUUUGCUCAUUGUUUUCUUUUUUGGUUUCAGUUUGGUUUCGUUUGCCUUUCGUGACAACAGUAGCUCUGUAGUUAGUAGGCCAUAACCCUCGGAACUUCGCUCUGACUCCAUGUGCUCAUCGGGGCAUGUUUCACUGUAUCAGGCCAUUUAGUGUUGACCUUGCUGACCUUUGCUUCACAUGUACGUACCUAUGAAAGGUGGCGGAGGGUGAAGGACAACACAACUGUAACUCUGUGCCAUCAUACCUAUGUUGACAUUUCCUGUUUUGGAAUAUUGACCAGUAUUGUAUAGCUACAUGCUCGGUGCAAUACACGUCUUUUUUUUUGUCAUUACUCAGAUUUUGAAGGUGUUAAGCUAAACCAGUACCUACCGUAAUAAUCAACCAGGAACGCAAUAAGCGAAAGCGAACUAUCUGCGAUAAGCUCACUGUAUGUCUUGAGUCUAUAAGCUACACAACUGGCAUUGCAAAGGUUCUGCACUAAAUGGCCUUUCUGACCUCUUCAAUGACAAGAACCCCAACCACUGGCCCCGCAGUUUAAGCACACGGUCUUACUUGACCUCACCUCAUAAAACGUCCAGCGCGUACGAACACGGCACUAAUUGGAAGUCCACCACCUCCCCUUGCGCCAUCCGGAGGCAAAUGGUGUUUGUAAAAGCUUGUGGGGUCAGGGUUUUAGUCGUUCAUUUUCUGCCAGUUUGCCUCAGUCAUCCUUUCAUCCUUCACUUCCCCUCCAUUUGUCCUCUUGUAAAACAAAUGUAGAACUCUGUUCCAUUUGUAGUGGUCUUCCGUCUUGUGUUGCGCAUAUAAAUUCCUCGUAUCAUUCUCUUGUCUUGUCAGUCAUUUCAGUGACCAUAUCUUUUUUUUUUUUUUUAACAUAUCUUUCUUUUCCUUAUUCUUCUGAUGGAACAUUGGCAGAGAAUAGACACAAAACAUGGCUGGCAACUAUUGUAUUUUUUAAAUAUUUUAUUAUUUUUUUACAUUUGGUUUUGCAAUAUUUAUAUUUUUGUAUUAUACUUUUUUGUUUUGUUUUGUGUUGUUUUUUUCAGUUAUGGUCAAAAUGCCAGUUGGUGACAAAUGCAGGGAUUUUUAUGUUGAAAAACACUAUUACAGUUUUUGUUUUUACAUUAAUGGAUUUUGAUCUGUAUAAAGUGCUUACUAAUGUUAAAUAGGAAAAAAGAGUAUAUAACAUUUUACAUCAUCGAUUUGUCAUAGCUCUUAGAGGACUUUUUUAAAAAAAAGGAUAAAUAAUCAAUGGUUUUACAGACUGCCAUUUUCCUCACUCGGAGUGGAUGUAUGUUGUUUCGGUUACAAAGAUAAAUGUAUGCCAUAUAAUUUAUUUAUAUGAAAAUUUAUUUUUGUAGUGUACAUAGUAGUUGUCAAGUUAUUUGACAAAAGUAUAUUUUUAAAGAGUUUAUAUGUAAUGCUACCAAUUUUGUGGAAACAUAACAAGAGAAAUACAUUAAGGUACAGGCACACUUUCAUUGCUAACUUGUUCUCAGACAAACUAAAGUCCCCCACAGUAUUACUAUAGGAGAGUGUGAUGCUCUUGCAGCUGGUUUUUUGGUUUGUGAAAGGCUAGCCAUGAAAGUAGAGAAAUCGUACUAGCUCUCUAAAUAAUAAUGUUCAAACACUGAUAGAAUUCUAACAAAUAAAAGAACACUAUAACUUA